AUUUGAAUUUCAAUUUUUUCAAUUUGUUUUGUCAAUUAAUUUAUUUUUAUUUUUUACUCAAUUUUUUUAAUUCAAUUGUUUUUUAAAUCUAUUUAUAAGUGUUUUUUGAAUAUCGCUAUUAAGUUAUCAAUUAAUUUAUUGAUACAAAAGUUUUUUAUAUGUAUUUGUGAUCCAAACGAGUCUCUAAUGAGUAGUAAUUAACGCGAAAAGCAAUGAAAACAUGAUUUUGUCGUAAAAAGUGUGAAAUGUAUUGAAAAGUAAACAAACAUUUGGUUUCCGACGUAAAUGGUUACGAAAUGCUGGCAUAAGAGGCAUAACACUCACCACUGACUGACACAUACCUCACAACCCGAUAAUACCAGAUGUCUUCGUCGUCACCACAAUCUCUCACAUCCAUUGAAUUGAUUACAAGAGACGCGAAGAGCAAGAAAGGCAUGCAUUCGUCGGCCAUCAGUCCGUCGAUGUCUCCGUCGGCGGCGCCCAUGUCUUCGGCGGCCAACGACCGCCACAAUCACAACCAUAACCACAACCAUCAGAGCGGCAGUGGUGGCAGAGCUGAUGGUCGCUCAUCGAAAACGAAGUCCCGGUUCCACAAGAAGAAGUACCACAUCUUCCCCGGAAGGAACCGCUUCUACUGCGACGGCCGCAUAAUUAUGGCCAAACAGAUCUCCGUCUUCUACUUCACCAUCUCUCUAAUCAUAGCCACGUGUGCGCUCUUCUUCGUCUUCGACUGUCCAUAUCUUGCGUCCCAAAUAAGUCCAGCGAUUCCAGCGGUGGCCGCUCUUCUGUUCGUAUUCGUGUUGUGCACUCUAUUGCGGACCAGUUUUACAGACCCGGGUAUUAUACCGCGCGCCACACCCGACGAGGCGGCAGACACUGAGCGACAAAUUGAAGUGCCCAAUGGCUCAAACUCGCCCACAUAUAGACCCCCUCCGCGCACCAAAGAGAUUGUGAUCAACGGACAGACCCUUAAAUUGAAGUAUUGCUUCACGUGUAAGAUAUUCAGACCUCCGCGGGCUUCGCACUGCAGUCUAUGUGACAAUUGCGUCGAGAGGUUCGACCACCACUGCCCAUGGGUUGGCAACUGUGUCGGCCGCAGAAAUUAUCGAUAUUUUUAUAUGUUUAUCAUGUCUUUAGCGCUUCUCUGCGUUUUCAUAUUCGCGUGUAUUAUAACUCAUCUCAUAUUAUGUAAGCUGUCGAAGGGAAAGUCGCUGUUGGACGCGGUGAAGGAGAGUCCGGCCAGUAUUGUGGUCGGCAUUAUCUGCUUCUUCAGCGUGUGGUCUAUACUGGGUUUGGCCGGCUUUCACACAUACUUAACCACAUCCAACCAGACCACCAAUGAAGACAUUAAGGGCUCCUUCUCCUCGAAGCGCAACCACUCAGUGAAGAACCCGUUCUCCAGAGGAUCCGUAUAUAAGAACUGUUGUGUCGUUUUGUGCGGACCGAGCGCUCCGAGUCUACUCGAUAGUCGCACUCCUAUUAGCGAUGAACAAUACCUAUCGGCCCAACGGGCCCGUGAUCUCAGUCGACAGCAAAUAUCGCAGCCCCGGCCCAGUCGUACGGACACCACAACUGGUAAUGCCAGCAGCAAACCGAAGCCAAACUAUUAUACGUUGAGUCGAUUGCCGUCGUAUCAGAUAAUGAAUCAAUUGUGCGAAUCGUAUGACAAGGAUCUGGUGAACAAUUUGAAGAGUGGUUCGCUCUCUAGAAAUAUAUUCGCCAAACAUUCCGUGAAAAAUGGUGUUGGAGAUAAGUUAAGAAUCGUGUGA